AUGUCGAAACGAAAAUUCGAAAGUGGAGCUUCAAAAAGAAAAAGAAUGGAUCAUGAUUUGUUAAUUAAAUGUGCCAACGAUAAAACCCAAAAAAAGUUAAAUUUUUAUUUAGCAAAAAAUACCGAGUCUUCUGAUUUGAAUUUGUUUACAAGACCUUCCACAGCCAAUUUUGCAAAGUACUGGUUAUUUCAUCCCAAUCAACCAAAAAUUGGUGUACCAUUUGCAUAUAAAAAAACUUAUUUUCGAAUUGAUGGAGGAAAUCGUAAAUGGGUGUCAUAUAGAUCCAUUGAUAAAUCUCUAUUUUGUUGUAUUUGCCUUUGUUAUGGUGACGGAUCUGGACCAUUCUCUAAAGGAUUUAUUGACUGGAAGCAUGUGUAUACUCGAAUAAAUGAACAUGAAAAUUCAAAAACACAUAGGUUAAAUGUAGAUGCUCAUGUUAUGAAAAAACAAUUUUCAUCAAUUGAUUCACUAUUAACUUAUGGUCAUAGUUCAAUAAGGAAGAAAGAAAUAGAAAAUAGAAGGCAAGUUUUAUUUCGUAUAAUUGAUAUUAUUAAAUUAAUCGGUAAACGUGGACUCAGUUAUCGAGGUAAAACUAACGAAGCCAUUUAUACUCUUGAUAAUCCAUCUUUAGACCAUGGUAAUUUCUUGGAAAUGAUUUUACUAGUGGGCAAGUAUGAUCCAGUACUCAAAGCUCAUUUAGAUAAAGCAAUUAAAAAUAGUACAAAAAGUCAUGAUUCUGGUUCCAAACAAGGAGGUGGGCACAUAAGUUUUUUAUCUAAAACCACAGUCAAUUACAUUAUUGAGAUAAUAAGUGAAAUUAUAAAGUCAUCAAUUUCUGAAGAGAUCAUUAAAGCUGGAAUGUACUCUGUACAACUUGAUACUACUCAAGAUGUCUCUGUGAUUGACCAAUGCUCAGUUAUUAUAAGAUAUGUAAACGGUACUUCUGUAAAAGAGCGAUUAGUUGGCAUGAUAAAAUGCAAGUUAAGCAAAGGGAUAGACUUUGUUGAUUUAGUCUUAAAAGUUUUUCAUAACCUGAAUAUAAAAGCAAAUAACUGUGUAGGCAAUGCAACUGAUGGAGCUGCAAAUAUGCAGGGCCAAUAUAAUGGGUUUUCUGCAAAACUAAGUGAUGUAGCAGCUACACAAAUACAUGUAUGGUGCUAUGCGCAUGUAUUGAAUUUGGUAAUAGGUGAUAUUACUCUUAAAGUAUUACAAUCUAUUACUUUAUUUGGAAUUUUAAAUGGGUGUGCAGUCUUCAUACGUGAAUCACACACCCGUAUGGAUGUUUGGACAACUAUGAAUUCCAGAAAAAGAGUUUGUACUAUUGGUGAAACUAGAUGGUGGUCAAAAGAUGCUUCUUUAACCAAAAUCUUUGGUAAUUUUAAUAAUCCUGAGUCUGGACUUUUUGUGGACCUUAUAUUAACAUUAAGUGAAAUUGAAACAAAUUCAAGUAUAAAAUCUGAAGCUCGUUUUAAAGCAAGUGGAUUAAAGGCAGGUUUAUGUAAAUACGAAAUAAUUUUAACAGCACAAAUGUACCUUAGAAUAUUUGAAAAAACUACACCGCUUUCUAAAUAUCUUCAAGGCCAAGGGAUCAAUAUAAUGACAGCGUAUCAAAUGGUAACACAAACUUUACAGGAUUUAAGAAAGUGUACACGUGAGUUUUCUAGGACUAAAGAUGCAGCUGAUAAGUUUGUACAACAUACCAAUAAAAUAUUUCAAAAAAUGAAAAACAAUGUAAUUGAAAUCGCAAAUAGUCUACCACAAUCUCGUAAAAAAAAAAAAACUAAGCAAUUUCAUGAUUAUGAGGCAGAUGAUGAUCCUAUAACAGACCCAUUGCAUUCGUAUGAGGUUAAUGUUUACAAUCAAGUACUGGACACUGUUAUUGAGAGCAUUUCUUCAAGAUUCGAAAAACAUGGACAGUUAUGUGCAGAUUUUGCAUGUCUUGACCCUAAUAAUUUCAAACCAGAUGUAACACUUCCAAAAAAUGCUCUUAUUGAUGGCGUGGAAGUUGACAAAGAUACAUCUGAGGACAAUGUGUUCAGAGUUUCUUCACUCAGUGACUCUGGAUCAUCGACAUUGUUUUCAGUAUCAAUUAAGCCCAAAGAUAUGUUUCUAGUAAAUUAA